CAGCCAUCUCUCCAACAGCUCAUCACUCAAUAGCUGCAGAACCUCAAAUAUGCUCUAAUUUUUUGACUUGAAAUAUAAGCUUCCCUCUUCACCAGCUAUGACAGAAGAAAUAACAUAUGCAGAUCUGGAAUUUAAUAAAUCUUAUGCACUGGAAAAUAUCCCAAAACCUGCUGCUCCUGAGGAAAAAGGGGUCCCCUCUUCAUCCUUCACAUGGCGUCUGGCUGCCUUGACUUUCCUCAUACUGUGCUUGGCAUUGCUACUAGGGAUGUUAGCCCUUGGGAUUGUGUUUUUUCAGGUUUCCAAUGACUUCCAGAAACAAAUUGGGAACCUCACGAGGAACCAGGAAACUCUACAAACAAAUUUUUCAAAACAACUGCAAGACAUGAAAAAUCGUUUGUGUCUUAAAGGAGAGGAAAAUAAUGAAAAUAAUGGACCCAGUUGUACACUCUGCCCUGCAAACUGGCAAUGGAUGAGAGGUGACACCUGUUUCUACAUUUCAGUGCAGAAGAAGUCAUGGGAAGAGAGCCAGAAAUUAUGUUCCUUACAGAAUUCUACCCUUCUCAUAGUAAAAGACAGGGAUAAGCUGAAUGAUGUACCUGCAAGAGACAAAAGGCAAUAUUACUGGAUUGGUUUACAUAAAUCCAGAGAUAACUGGUAUUGGGAGGAUGGCUCAGCUCUUUCGCCAGUGAAAGAAAAUUGGAUUGACUUGUAUAAAUACUAUAAUUGUGGCUACCUGUUUGGAGAGAAAAUUGGUAACCAUUACUAUUGCACAGAGAAGAACUUCUGUAUCUGUGAGAAAGCAGCUGUCAAACUAAGGUACAGAGACAUCACCAAACGGAAAUUGGCUCUAUUAGUAUGA